UCGGGCGGGAAGGGGGAAGCGCGGAGGCUGCCUGACUGGAAUCGAGGGAGCUGCAGCGACGGCGGCUGCGGGAGCAGGGCUGGCCAUGGCGGUGUGGACGCGGGCCACCAAAGCGGGGCUGGUGGAGCUGCUUCUGAGGGAGCGCUGGGUGCGGGUGGUGGCCGAACUCAGUGGCGAGAGCCUGAGCCUGACGGGCGACGCCGCGGCGGUCGAGCCUGAACCGCCGGCGGUCGCCUUCAACGGUCUCCCGAACGGCGGCGGCGGCGGAGACUCGCUGCCCGGGAGCCCGAACCGCGGCCUGGGGCCGCCCAGCCCUCCCGCGCCGCCCCGCGGUCCGGCUGGGGAAGCGAGCGCCUCGCCGCCCGUGCGCCGAGUGCGAGUGGUGAAGCAGGAGGCGGGCGGCCUGGGCAUCAGCAUCAAGGGCGGCCGAGAGAACCGGAUGCCGAUCCUCAUCUCCAAGAUCUUCCCAGGGCUGGCGGCCGACCAGAGCCGGGCGCUGCGGCUAGGCGACGCCAUCCUGUCGGUGAACGGCACCGACCUGCGCCAGGCCACCCACGACCAGGCCGUGCAGGCGCUGAAGCGCGCGGGCAAGGAGGUGCUGCUGGAGGUCAAGUUCAUCCGAGAAGUAACACCAUAUAUCAAGAAGCCAUCGUUAGUAUCAGAUCUGCCGUGGGAAGGUGCCUCUCCCCAGUCACCGAGCUUCAGUGGCAGUGAAGACUCUGGCUCUCCAAAGCAUCAGAACACCACCAAGGACAGGAAGGUCAUCCCUCUCAAAAUGUGCUUUGCUGCUAGAAACCUAAGCAUGCCCGAUCUGGAGAACAGAUUGAUAGAGCUACAUUCUCCUGAUAGCAGGAACACCUUGAUCUUACGCUGCAAGGAUACGGCCACAGCACACUCCUGGUUCGUAGCUAUCCACACCAACAUAAUGGCUCUCCUCCCACAGGUACUGGCUGAGCUCAAUGCCAUGCUUGGUGCAACCAGUACAGCGGGAGGCAGCAAGGAAGUCAAGCAUAUUGCCUGGCUGGCAGAGCAGGCAAAACUAGAUGGUGGGAGACAGCAGUGGAGGCCUGUUCUCAUGGCUGUGACUGAGAAGGAUUUGCUACUUUAUGACUGUAUGCCGUGGACAAGAGAUGCCUGGGCAUCGCCGUGCCACAGCUACCCUCUUGUUGCCACCAGGUUGGUUCAUUCAGGUUCUGGAUGUCGGUCACCUUCCCUUGGAUCUGACCUUACCUUUGCUACCAGGACGGGCUCUCGGCAGGGCAUUGAGAUGCAUCUCUUCAGGGUUGAAACGCAUCGGGAUUUGUCGACCUGGACCAGAAUACUUGUCCAGGGCUGUCAUGCUGCUGCUGAGCUGAUCAAGGAAGUCUCCCUAGGCUGCACCUUAAGUGGCCAAGAUGUAAGAUUCACUGUCCACUAUGAGCACGGGUUCACGAUCACCAGAGACAAUGGCGGCACCAGCAGCAUAUUGUACCGCUAUCCCUUUGAACGGCUGAAGAUGUCUGCUGAUGAUGGAAUCAGAAACCUCUACUUGGAUUUUGGUGGUCCUGAGGGAGAACUGACUAUGGAUCUGCAUUCUUGUCCAAAGCCGAUUGUGUUUGUCUUGCACACAUUCUUAUCUGCCAAAGUCACUCGCAUGGGACUGCUUGUGUGAGCAGCAGGAGUGGAGAAAGACUGCCUCAAGAAGCGUUUCCACCUCAGAAGAUGACAUAAGACAAGCAACAACAACACAGAAGCACAAACUGAAGCCCUUGCUCCCUCCCUCCAUCACAGUGCCUUCCCGAGGACCUGCAGACCACUGCUGGACCACAACAGGGUUUUAGGAAGGGCUGACCUUUCCCACACAGCCUUGGUCAGAAAUUCUAGAACUGUAAUGAGCUCCAAAUCAAAGCUGUCGAUUUAGCGAUUUAGCGUCUCUUUUUCAUGAUGUGAUCUCUAAGUAAUUAGGUUUAUUUCCCGUUUUGAAGGCUGGCUCUUUGGGUCUCUCUUUGGAUGUAAACAAUAGCCAAAAGGGGUUCUCCUUUUCUCUCCGUAGGAAUCAUUUGGGCAUAGCCUUGAGCUUGUCGCUCCCCAGGUGCUAGUGUGUAGCCGCCAUCCCUCAGGCAUAUCCCACACAGGUCAAUUGCACCUUGGUGUUAACGUUUUUUACCUUGGAAAUCCCCGAGCAUCAUCCCCACAGGUUCCUCUGCCCACCCUGGCUCUCACUGACCCCACCCUGCCCACCCCUAGCACCAACUCCGCCACCCAUAAGUGCUGCCUUUAGGACUCAGAACUUGCACAGUCCGGUUGCCUUUCCUUCACUCCUCUUUUUUUGUGGUGUCCAAGUUGAAAAGCAAGUUGGACCACUGCUCUGAAAGGAGUUUUGCUUUCUUCAGUUUAUAUUGAGUUUGUAUUUGGUAGGAGCCAGGGGAGGGUCUACAGUUUAUUUUGAAAGAUCCUCAUUUUAAGCUAAGCCAUUUCUUAUCGCUUACCAAGUGUGCCUUUGGUUAGGCUCCGUGGAGCUUCAUUAGUGUCUGGACGAAGAGGUCCCAUCGAGCUUUCAGGAGUCCUCCUUCAGGUCAGUUCCUUAAAGAUGUCUGUCGGUGGUAAUUUUGUGGGUCAAGAUGCCACAUUGAGUGGCACAA